AUGUCAGAAAGCACACGUGUAAGUAGUCCAAUUGUUCCGGGUUUCAAAAUAAGUAGGGAUGUUAAUGGAAUUGCUGUGGAUGACACCUACUACAAGCAAAUUGUUGGAAGCUUAAUGUAUCUUACAGCUACACGUCCAGACAUCAUGUUUAGUGUGAGCUUAAUCAGCAGGUACAUGUCAAAACCCACUAAAUUACAUUUGCAAGCUGCUAAGAGAAUUCUACGUUAUUUGAAGGGGACUACUAGUCAUGGUAUUUUCUACAAGAAGGGAGGGGAAGAAGAUUUGCUUGCUUUCACAGACUCAGAUUAUGCUGGUGAUGAAGAAGAUUCCAAAAGCACAUCAGGUUAUGUUUUCUUAUUGAGUUCAAGUGCUGUGUCUUGGAUGUCGAAAAAACAGCCGAUUAUUACACUUUCAACCACCGAAGCAGAGUUUGUGGCAGCUGCUGCUUGUGCAUGUCAGGCUGUAUGGAUGAGAAGAGUAUUGAGAAAUUUGAAUCAUGUUCAAGAAGGAAGCACUACCAUCAUGUGUGAUAAUACCUCUACAAUUAAACUCUCAAAAAAUCCAGUAAUGCAUGGAAGAAGCAAGCACAUCAAGGUGCGUUUUCAUUUCUUGAGAGACCUUGCAAAAGAUGGAGAAGUUAAGUUAGUUCAUUGUGGAACUCAAGAACAAGUAGCAGAUGUGUGGCACUAA